AUGGGCUCUUUCGCAGAUACCAAUGGAGAACUUGUCCUUAUCACCGGUGCUACCGGCCAUCUAGGCUUCAAGGUUCUCACAGAUGCCCUCAAAGCUGGAUAUCGUGUCCGCGCUGCGGUACGAAGCGAGGCCAGAGCCGAUGUGAUCGUUUCCAACCCGGACUACAAGGCCCUUAACAUCUCGGAAGGCCAAUUGACCUUCUCCAUUGUCCCAGAUUUAGCUGUGGAGGGAGCUUACGACGAGGUUGUCCAGAAUGUCAAGUACAUCAUACAUAUCGCCUCGCCCAUCACAACGGGUCGUCAAUUUACGCAGGAAGAAUACAAACAAUAUUUCAUUGAUCCUGCGGUAGCUGGCACGCUAGGCUUGCUGAAGUCAGCUGUCAAAGCCCCAUCUGUCGAGCGUGUUGUCAUCACGUCGUCCGUUGUCGCGAUUGUCAACUUUAUCGAGUGGAUAAGCGGCUCCAACAAAGUGUACCAAGCUGAGGAUAGAGUUUCAUUCCAAGGAGGGCCAUAUAUCAACGAGUUUGCCGCGUACUCCGCAUCCAAGGUAGCUUCGCUGAAUGAAUCCGAGGCCUGGUACCAGCAGCAAAAACCUCACUUCGACUUGGUUUACAUUCACCCGUCGUUCAUCGAGGGUCGUGAUGCUCUUGUAAAAACACCUGAGCAAGCAAUGGUUGGCACCAACGGCGUCAUUUUGCGCGUCGUUCUUGGUAACGUUGCUGCAGCGCCAGCUCCUGGAAAUAGCGUGCACAACGACGACGUAGCUCGUCUGCACGUAGAGGCACUACAUAAGGAGCGCAUUCCUGCUGGUUCGUAUAUUGCGAGCUCGAAUUCGCCUCGAGGAACUUUGGAUGGUACUCGCUGGGAGACCAUUAACGAGAUUGUCGCUAAGCAUUUCCCUGAGCAAGUUCAGAGCGGUAUCUUGAAAAACAACGGUCUUCAAAAAACAAUCAAGUCAGAGUUCGAUAUUUCAAAGACAGAGAAGACAUUUGGGUGGAGUUUUCAGGAGUUCGAGCCACAGGUUGUCAGCGUUGUCCAAAUGUAUCUUGAUGUACUGAACAAAAAUUAA